CUUUAAUGGCAGUCUCAUGUGUUCGCUUCUGAGAGGCGGCGAGGAGCAUCCCCCAACCAAUCCCAAACCUUUGGUAUCAUCCCUGCCCUUUAAGCCCCCCUUUGUAAUGAGCAACAACGAUCAUGCUCUUCUCAAACUUGAGGAAGUACGCUUUCUGAGCAAAACAUUCUUGUGUCAGAAGCAGUAUCAGCAGGAAGUCCUGGCCUUCGAAAGCUUGGAGGAUCACGACCUGGAGGCCGAUAUAUUGCGCAAUCAGGCGUCUUAUGACGCCCAUCUCGUAAAAAUGAUCCAGCAGGCGGGUGCGGCUGAAAAUGGAGAGCGCAUGCUAGAACUAGCCGAGACACUUACCCUUCCCAAGUCCUUGACUCUCGCCGUACGCAUUGCUGACCAUUACUCGUUGCCCCAGGUGGCCGCUCGUAUCAGCGACUUGGUAGCUACCCGCUUUCCUCCGAUCGCCGAUAUCCACCUCUCAAAUGAGGAGACUGAGAACCAAGAUCCGCGCGGCUUCAAAGAUAGCCCCAUGUCGUCGCGAACUUCGAUGCUGACUAAUGAGCACGACUUAAAUAAUGACGACAUCAAUCUUCCGGAAAGGGCCGAGAGAACCGACAUGUCAGCGGAUCAUCGAGAUCCUUUGUUCUCACCAGCAAGACCACGAGCUUCACAGGUCUCGCGCAUCGGAAAUUCCUCUACAUCUUUUGUGGGGCGUUGUGAUGCGGAAUCCGGGAUCUCGCGGAAUCCAUUUGCUAUGAAAGACGCGGAAGGCAAAAAGCCAGCAGAGAAGCGUUCAUGCAGCAUUGCUGAAUCCUUGGCCCCCUUGAUGUCUCCCUCACCGAAGAAGCCUGUUUUAUCAAAGUCAUCGACUUUUGUCUCAGAAAUCCGCAGCAAAAAAAAACAUGACCGACGCGCUUAGGAGUUGAAAUAAAUAAGAUGGAAAGCAUAGCAGAACAUGGCGACGUAGGAUGAGAUUUGAAAAUUUACGUAGGGCGAUGGGAUAACCAAUGCGUGUAAACAGGAAAAAGUCCUCCAACCCCAACAUUUGCGAUCGCCCGAGAAUGAUGGACAAAGAUGUAUGAUUGUUUUUAUUCGACCUUUAGACAGGUACGCUCGAGACCUCAGCCCUGUAUGCUGUAGAAGGAAGGCGGGAAAUGAAGUCUACUGCAGUACUGGGAAGUAAGCCCAGCGAACUGCACUUGUAAAGACCCAUACCCAGGAAGACGCAAUUGAGAGCGACAUAAAUGAGCUUAGGAAGAAUCAAACUGAUAUGGCCAUCAGCCACACUCUCAAAUC